CUGACGUCAUCAUAAUUCGACCUUGUUUUUUUUGAAAGCACCAUACAUCCAGAGAACGCAAGACUGAUGACAAGAUUUGUUCACGAAGAAAUGGUAGACGCACAAGGAGACUGAUAUGGUGAUUAUCAAAGGAGCCGGUGGGAAAACCUUCUGUGCUGGUGGAGACAUCAGAGCUGUGACUGAAGCGGGGAAGGUAGGAGAUCCCCUUGGUAAGGACUUCUUCCGUGAAGAAUACAUCCUGAACAAUACUAUUGGGUGUGGGCCUCUCAGUCCACGGGAGGUUUCGGGUGGCUACUGAGAAGACUCUGUUCGCCAUGCCGGAGACGGCAAUCGAUCCUAGCCAAGAUGUCUCCCACAUCGCUGAAGAGAACCUUCAAGCAGCUUCAGGAGGGAAGCAGCGAGAGUUUGUAGGAGGUUCUGGUGAUGGAGUGCAGGCUUAAUCAAGCCUACAUGGUGAAGGGCAGUGACUUCUAGGAGGGUGUGAAGGCAGUUUCAUGGUUGCUUUCGGUCCAGUGGGUCUUGGUGAUCAAACCGCGCACCACCAGCCCCCUGCCACGGAUGACGGCGAACAGUGCUCAACAUGCGAGGUCCGACAGCAGAUCAAAAACAUGAGAUUACACGCCAUCAAGUCCCAAAUUCUUAGCAAACUGCGACUCAAGCAAGCUCCCAAUAUCAGCAGAGAUGUUGUCAAGCAGCUCCUGCCUAAGGCACCACCUUUGCAGCAACUUCUUGACCAGUACGAUGUUCUUGGAGAUGACAAUAAGGAUGGAGUUAUGGAAGAAGAUGAUGAACAUGCCAUCACAGAAACAAUCAUGACAAUGGCCACUGAACCCGAAUCCAUCGUCCAAGUCGAUCGGAAACCCAAGUGUUGCUUAUUUUCCUUCAAUUCGAAGAUUCAGGUGAACCGCAUAGUUCAUGCGCAGUUAUGGGUGCACCUUUUGCCAGCUGACGAAGUCACCACCGUGUUUCUGCAAAUCUCCCGCCUGAUGCCUGUCACGGACGGGGGCAGGCACAUAGGUAUCCGGUCUCUAAAGAUCGACGUGAAUGCAGGAGUCAGCUCUUGGCAAAGUAUCGACGUGAAACAAGUGCUGUCCGUAUGGCUGCGGCAGCCGGAGACGAAUUGGGGGAUCGAGAUUAAUGCGUUCGACUCGAAGGGAAAUGAUCUGGCCGUUACCUCAGCAGAAGCGGGAGAAGGACUGCAACCCUUCAUGGAGGUGACGAUUUCAGAGGGCCCAAAGCGCUUCAGGAGAGACUCGGGCCUGGACUGUGACGAGAACUCCCCCGAGUCCCGCUGUUGCCGCUACCCGCUCACGGUAGACUUUGAAGACUUUGGCUGGGACUGGAUUAUUGCCCCCAAGCGCUACAAGGCCAACUACUGCUCUGGUGAGUGCGAGUACAUGCACCUGCAGAAGUACCCCCACACCCACCUGGUGAACAAGGCUAACCCUCGCGGCACAGCCGGGCCCUGUUGCACCCCCACCAAGAUGUCCCCCAUCAACAUGCUCUACUUCAACCGCAAAGAGCAGAUAAUCUACGGCAAGAUCCCCUCCAUGGUGGUGGACCGAUGCGGCUGCUCGUGAGCGAGAGCUCUGCCGGCGAGGGGGAGGGGCUCAGCCAGGGUCUCCCCCCUGGACUUUGGGACAGAUCGAUCCACCACUACCAGUGCUUUCUGCAGAACACGGUGCAAUAGAGCCAGAAUAGCGGCUAAAGAAAUGCCCGUCCAUUCGCUGAGCAGCGCUUCCACCACGGACAUGUCUCGUUCAUUUGUUUUUUCAUUUUUGUUUUCUUCCCUCCUCCAAUCACAUGUUCGCAGCCACAAUGGCCUAAAACCACAUGGAUGUAGGAACACAACGCCUGUUGGACUUGGGAGUGGACGUAGUAGCCUAAAGUACGCCACAUGUUCCCACAAAACUGUUAAAUGUUACACGCUCCGUCCAGUUAUUCAAACAUACAGACAUGGAUGGACACACAUACACCAGACCUGGGUUCAAAUAGUAUUUGUUUUCUUUGAAAUACUUUGACUGUUUGAUGGAGACAGGUGGGGUUUGCACUUUGGGGAAUAAUCCAUUGAUUCCAUUGCACCAGGCAAGCACAGCUUAAGUACUGGAAAGAAAACAAAUCUUAUUUCAACCCAGGUCAGAAACAUAGGUGCACACACACACACUCUCAUUUCCCCCCAAGAUUUUACAGCUACGCUUACCUAUCGGUGUGAAAAUCAUAUAAGCAAUGUUUGAGAGUGAAACCGGGAAUCCUCAACGACUUUUGAAAGGGCUUGGAAAACUAUAGCUGAGGUCUCAGUCUGAACUGGCCUUUAUGCAUAAUGCCAUAAACACCAUGCACACACACAGCAACAGUGCAUUCUUAUUCAACUUUUAAUCAUAGCUUUACCACCAUUCAACUGUCUGAACUGCCCUACUCACUUGAAUUAUUCUUAUUGUAAAUCAACAUUACUGGACAGGAGGACUUGAACCGGAGGCACAAUGAAUGCAGUCUACACAUUGAGAUGUGUUUAAGACAGAUAAAUAUAUUUUGAAUAGUAUGAAUGUUAAAACCACGUUUAAACUCUGUCUUACAAAUAACACAGUUUGCACUAUGGCAAACCAAUAGAAAGAAUUGGUUGCUACAAAAGUUGUAAAAACUGAUUUUGAUAUGUUUGCUAAUUUGUAUUGUAUACAUAUGCCAUUGUUUCCAUUAGCAGUUGCCUUUCUAAACCACUGUUAGUAAAUGUAUAAGACCACAAACUAGCAAGAAAACAGUACAAAUGCGACUAUAUACCUGUUAAUCAAAUAAAGGUGCUUGCUUAUA